UAAACGACCGCGUUACAUUAACGGAUGAUUAUGUUUCUGUUUUGCUCGACAGAACUGAGCUGUUGUUUGCUUUAGGGGUAUAUCAUGAGAUCCGCCCCGCACAACUUCCCGUGAAAACUAGAGCGCAGGGGACAUGUAUGUAUACACAUGCCCGAGACGAGCACACGUGAAGUGUACAGUAGCGCGGUGCCGGGCCGUUACACACACAGGUAGAGCAUGAGUGAACAGAACCACGGGCCAUGACAGGACGUCAGCGACGAUACGGGCAAUCGGGAGUCAUCAGUGGGAGGUGCGUGUCUGGGACUCUGCGGAACUGGAGCAGUGCCGAUGUCAUCUGACCUGUAUCUGGCACGACAAACCCCGUUAUUACUCAGGGACCUGAUGUGGGUGAUAGCCGUACGUCAGAUGGGUACAGGUAGACGGACUCAAGUUGUCGGAUUUUCCGCAGUGUGAAGGCAAUGUCAUCGAUGUCAACGAUGUGGUUUCUAUGGGGCAAGUUUGAGUCGUGUUACUGACUAGAAGUCUGAGGACGGACAUUGUAAGGAUUGUAUGGGUAUAUCCUGACGAAGACGGAUGUGUGCGCAAGAAAUGAAGAAUUAUAGGUUUCUCUCCUGGUCAGCGGUUAUCUUGCAACUCCAGCUCUGCCUGCGAGCGGUGGUGCCAACUCUGAGUGCAGAGGCCGACGUGACCGGGCUCACAGAACUGCUCCCCACCGAGUCCACCGGGCUGCGCUACUGCAGCCUCUUCGGGAACCGCGCGCCCAAGCCCGAGCACAAGCUGGUGUCCUGCCCCUGGUUCCGCCUCGACUCCUGCUGUUACCAAGAGGAGGUCGACAGGCUGUUCCCGAUCGUGACGCCGCCGCGCGGUGCGGACCAGGUGUGCCGGGACCACCUGUACUACCUGAAGUGUUACAUCUGCUCGCCGCACCAGCACCUGUUCUACCGCGACGAGACCGUCACCAUGUGCGAGGAGUUCUGCGACAGCAUCUUCUGGGCGUGCGCCAACGCCACGUUAGAAGGUGAGCGGAUCAGCGACCUGUACUCCAACGGGAGGGAGUACUGCCUGGGCCGCAAAUUCCGCGUGGAGAAGGAGAGCAGCGGCGCGUGCUACACGGUACCGAUCGUACCGGAGGAGCCCGCCAGCUCUGCAUACAGUACUCAUCACCAUCCCGCGGCCGUUAGAAUUACUCUUCUGAUCACAUCAUGGACGCUUUUCAUUACGGCAAAGCUAACGUUACUGUGAUCGUGGGCAGGAUUACUAACUCAAGCGAGGCGUAAUGGCACAAGCGCAAGCGGUUCAAAAACGCUCCGGUAAAUUGGAUACUCCAGGGGCGGAUUGCAUUCGAGGAGGUAAUAGAUGGACUGCAAAAUGAAGCAAACUUCACCAGCAAACGUCAUAAAAUAGAAAUGCGGUAAUCUUCCAGGUGCAUAUAACUCGCUGAAAUCGAGUGGGGGACAGAAGGCGUAGGAAAAAAGUCCAAAGUUUUACAAACCGUGGCAAAAGAUUACUCUGACUUAAAAAAAAUACCAUGUAAAGUCAAGAUUUUUCAGACAUUUUUGCACUUCUGUACGAUGCCGUCAUAACAGACAUGAGCUUAAAUAAACAACAUAGACUUGUACAUGUAGUUUUGUUCGGUGUACUCGUCA